AUGGCGGAGUACAAGCUUGAUGUAACAACUGGAGAACUGGUCGGUGCGGGAACAUGGGACCACAUCCUUAUCACCUUGUUUGGAACGGAAGGCCAGAGUGAGAGAAUGGAGUUGAACAACUGGGGUGUUGACUUUAUAACGGGCACAACUGGGACCUACACUGUAAAAACCAGUGCAUCACUGGGGAAGCUACUGCUGGUCAAAGUAGAGAAAGAUCCUAAAUUCUUCCUCCCUGACAACGAUUGGUACUGCUCCAAAAUAGUGGUCACCACCCCAGAGAGAGAGGUGCUUCUUUUCCCCUGUUACCAAUGGCUGUCCAAUAAAGAAGUAGUGGAACUGAGGGGAGGAAGAGCUAUGAAGGUUUUCGAAGAUGAACACCCGUUGUUGAUUGAACACCGAAAAAAGGAGCUGGCAUCUAAAAAGAGCUUGUUCCGAUGGGCAGUAAUGAAGGAAGGACUCCCUUACCACGCCGAUUUCAAUGCAACAAAUGUCCCGGCUGAAACCCGUAUGUCAGUGUCCAGAAUGCUUCAAUCAAAUAUGUCUGUCGUGAUGGGAGCCGCAGAACUCACCCUGAAGGGGAUGCUUAACUCGGAGGAAAAUUGGGAUAACAUUGACCAAUUGAAACAAAUCUUCUGGAACAGAAGUACCAAAAUAUCAGAGUGGGUUAGCGAACACUGGAAGGAAGAUGACUUCUACGGGUCCCAGUUUCUGAACGGAAUAAACCCCGAUGUGAUCAAACGUUGCUCUUCACUUCCUCCAAAUUUGCCAGUCAGAGAGGAAAUGGUGAAAGCGUUCCUGGAGGAAGGCAGCAGUCUGGACGAUGAAAUCAAGAAAGGCAAUAUAUUCCUGUAUGACCAGAAGAUCAUGAGUGGAAUACCAGGGAGGAUGUACAAUGGUGUGAGUCUGCAAGUGCCUGCUGGACUCUGUCUCUUGUACCUGAAUCCUGAGAAAAAACUAAAGCCCAUUGCAAUACAGCUACAACAACAACCCUCGGAGGAGAACCCCAUUUUUCUGCCGAGCGACUCGGAGACGGACUGGCUUCUCGCCAAGAUAUUCAUUAAACAAGCAGAUAUUUUGGAUCAUCAGGCAAGCCGCCACUUUAAGGACACUCACUUUCUCUCCGAGUCCUGGUGUACGAGCUUUUUUCGCAACUUCCCCGUGAUUCAUCCCAUUUACAAGUUCCUGAGCCCUCACUUCCGCUGGAUUUUACACAUAAAUGCACUUGGUCGUAAGGUUUUGUUUGGACCUGGUGGACCCUUUGAAAUGUCUUCACUCGGCUUAGACGGCAUUUAUGAGGCAAUGGUACGGUCUCAUGCCGAGCUCACCUACAGCAAACUGUGCAUCCGGGAGAACAUCGUCGCUCGGGGACUGGAGUCCAUCCCCAACUUCUACUACAGAGAUGAUGGCUUUCAACUAUGGGACAUGAUCCAUAGUUUUGUGAAGGCAGUUGUGGGACACUUCUAUCGUUCCGACACUGAGGUGGUCAAAGACUCUGAGCUCCAAGGUUGGGUCCAUGAGAUAUUCACUCAAUGCUUUUUGGGAAAGAAAUCCUCAGGAUGUCCUGAGUCUUUCCAAAGGGUUGAGGAAGUGGUCAAGUUCAUCACCAUGAUCAUCUUCACGGUCUCAGCUCAGCAUGCUGCCAUCAAUAAUGGACAGUUUGACUACCAGUCCUUCAUCCCGAAUGGCGCCAUCCUUCUACGCAAGCCACCUCCGACUGUCAAAGGCCAGUCGAGUAUGAAGACCAUUCUGGAAACGCUGCCAAACAUUGGCGAGUCGGUCAAGAUAGUGACCAUCGUCUCUGUGCUCACGAAAAAAUACUCAGAUUUCGUGGCACUGGGUUCAUACCCUGAGGAACGGUUUCAAGAGCCUGAAAUCCACCAGAUGGUCAGAGAGUUUCAAGCACAGUUGUCCAAACUUAGUGACGCCAUCAAUGCUAGAAACGCACAGCUUGAAGUGCCGUACGAAUAUUUGAACCCUAAUCGGGUGGAGAACGCCAUCACUCAGUAAAUAGGAGUUUCUUUCAGGACGAUAUGUUUUUCACUCACAAUAAGCACGUGAGAAGAAUCUAUAGUAUUGGUUAUUUUAUUAAAUUAGACAACAACAUAAUGUAGUAGCAUUAACAUAACUGCAGGAAUAUUCAAAUAGAUUGUUCUGGGGGCAACAUUUUUAGAAAGCUUAGGACAGGAAGGGUGGACUUCUUUCUUCCCAAGUAUUCUUAUUUUGUCUAUAAUGUCUAAAAACGGCUAAUGUAGUUCUAAUUUAAAUAGAUAAAUUAUGGAUAACAUGUUAAUUAUGGACGGCAUAGUGAAACAGGGGUUAGUGCGUCUGCCUCACCAUAAGAAGGUCCUGGGUUCGAUCCCCGGGCUCUUUCUGUGUGGAGUUUGCAUGUUCUCCCCGUGACUGCGUGGGUUCCCUCCGGGUACUCCGGCUUCCUCCCACCUCCAAAGACAUGCACCUGGGGAUAGGUUGAUUGGCAACACUAAAUUGGCCCUAGUGUGUGAAUGUGAGUGUGAAUGUUGUCUGUCAAAUGCAUGAGCAAGUUGUUGAACAGUUUAAGAAAACCUUUCUCAACCAUCUACGGUCCGUAACAUCAUCAAAGGGUUCAGAGAAUGCACGUAAGCAGCCAAGCCCGUGACCUUCGAUCCCUCAGGCUGUACUGCAUCAACAAGCGACAUCAGUGUGUAAAUGAUAUCACCACAUGGGCUC